AUGGAGAUUCCGGAUUCCAUGGUGGUGACCCAACAACCCACGAGUCACUUGGCAAAGACACGAUCGCUCGAUGCUCUGCACCCAUCCGGAGUCUCCGAAACGUUCAAGAAUGUCUCAUCGCCAAACACACUUAAUCGUUUUAAUCCAAAUUUUUAUAAAAUUGGAGCAUUCGGAACGACGUGGCUACACAGUCAAACGGACACCUGGCUCGCUUUUCUUACGUUGUUUGGUUGGCUGGCCCGUACCACAAACGCACUUCCUCGUGGAUUUUUGUAUGUGCGUAUGAGUGUCGGUACCGAAACCUUUGUCCCCCCUUCUCCCCCGCCUGUCUUCUACGGACCCGACCUACACGGAACGCAAAAACGAAAUUUACAUUUUUACACACACUUAUCUCAGUCACUCACUCCCCACAACCAAAAGGAGGGGGACCGGGACAUGGCUCGCCGCGAGUCCAAAGCACACAAGGUACCUUUGCGCACGUCGACGAACGAGUGGGACGAGUACAGUAGUGUCCCCGUGUACCACCACCAUCAACGCAACGGUCCCUUUUGGUUCACCAAUCGUACCCAAAGUUUCGAUUCCGACAGCCACAGUAUGGCAGUUCUAGCAAUGGAAAACCCGCAAGACCCCGUGGGCGAGCAGCUCCUGGUGCAGCGUUCCAAGCAGCGCUUUCGUUGGCGGACGGCGGCCAGUAAUGAAAGUAGGCACGAUCCCAUGGAUUCUUAUCCCACCAGACGCAAGCCCUCUCGGAUGUUACUGUAUCUACGCAAUCGGGCCAACGCUUCCAACGUGACGGUUGUAGGCCUCGGAGUGUUGCUAGCCAUUCUCUCCGUUCACCGGGUUUUCUCUCUGUAUAUGACUCACCGACGAUGGAUCAAUGCCCCCAUUACGUACAUGAACCGACAAUGCCCCGCUCCGUCGUAUCCAACAAUAGGAGCAGCUACGGCAACGAUUACGGGGGACGACGGUGCCUUGAGUCGUGGUGCGAUUCCUCCGGCAGAAAUCCCCAUUGAAUCGAGUCAAAUAUGCAUGACAACGCUCACCGACGCCAAGUCUACUUCUCGCUGGCAGCGCUUCAUUCGAUGGCGCAAUUUUGACGGCAUUCUCGAGCUCACCCACGCCAACAAGGCCCUCUACGCGCACAAGCACGGGUACCGCUUCGUGGACGGCUCGGACUGGAUCGAUACGUCCCGGCCUCCGGCUUGGAGCAAGAUACCAGCCGUGCAGCAUUUGCUACAAACCAACGAAUGCGAAUGGGUGCUCUGGACCGAUGCGGAUACCGUCAUAAUGAACUCGGAUGUACGCAUACAAGACUUCUUGCCGGCAGCGGGUUCCGGCAAAGACCUCAUGGUCGGUAGUGACAACGGCGGUGGAUACAAUUCCGGAGUAUUUUUGGUACGCAAUACACCCUGGGCGCAAGAGUUUUUGCAGACGUGGUGGGAUAUGCGCAGCUUUGUGCGUCCAUCCGGACUGAGCCUGUCCGGCGACAACAACGCCAUGAAGGCCCUGUUACGGGAAAUGACGGAUUUCAACGAACACGUCUUGUCGCCACCGCGGUGUACCUUCAACGCGUUCGCCAAGUUCUUGACCCUUUCUGAAUCAGUCCACGUCUUGGACCACUUGGACGAUCAGGAAUGGUACCUCAGCGAAAACUACUACCACAAAGGUGAUUUUAUUGCGCAUACACCCGGAUACGAUAACAAGGCGGAAUGCUUACGCAUGCUUUUACAAGAAGCAAGAUGA